UAACGAGGAGGAGAGGAGGGCUGCGCGCUGAAAUCCCUCCGGAGGAGAGCAGAGGAACCGCGCUGCUGAGUUUCAGGGACACUGAGGACGCGCCGGACUUUCUCCUUUUUCCUUAUUUCUCUCCAGUCAAGACGGAGGAGGAUGCGCGCAAAACAUCCUCCUCUGCGCGCUCCAAGAAGGCGAUCACUCCAGAUGGGAACUUCUUUUUAAAUGAGGGGGGAGUGCAGCAGCCUUCUGAGCUGUGAUCAGUCAAGUUUGGUGUGACUACUUUUUGCCUUCAUGUGCGCACGUGAGCCUCACUUUGGAAUCUGCACCAGACGCGCGGAGCGCAGUAGCCAGAGGGUGAUGGAACAUCAUGCAGCACUUUGAACCCAUGGAGACAUGGCACAUAGGCUCCUCUCUGCGAACAGAGUCAACGCCAGGAUCGCCUUCAUCUUCACCUUGUCACUCUCCUGCACGUACUUGUUCUACAACAUCAUUUUCUAUCGCAGCGCGGUCAUGACGAACCAGGGAUACGAGGGGAAGCCGUGCCCGCCGAGCAAGAGCGCAGGAGGGAAGAAACUUCUUGGGAAGCUGGACAACUGCGCCUCGCUGGAAGCCAGUUCUGCCGCUCAGAGAGGAUCGAGUCAUCUGCAAAGAAUCACCCCCGCGGCCGCUGGAGGUCCGUGGACUGAUGGGAAUUCCAAAAACAUGAGCAUCGCGCAGAAAUAUGGCAACAAGAAGCUGCCGACUGCGUUAAUUGUUGGCGUAAAGAAAGGAGGAACCAGAGCGGUGCUGGAGUUCAUCCGGAUACACCCAGAUGUGCGCGCACUGGGCACGGAGCCACACUUUUUUGACAGAAACUAUGACAGAGGAUUGGACUGGUACAGGGGAUUAAUGCCGCGGACGCUGGACAGCCAAAUCACUUUGGAGAAGACUCCCAGCUACUUCGUCACCAGAGAAGCCCCCCGACGCAUCUCCAGGAUGUCCCAUGAGACAAAGCUGAUCGUCGUGGUGCGCAACCCCGUCACCCGAGCAAUCUCCGACUACACACAAACACUUUCCAAGAAGCCCGACAUCCCCUCGUUCGAGGAGCUGGCCUUUACAAACAGAAGCUUAGGUCUGGUGGACACCUCCUGGAAUGCCAUCCGGAUCGGGAUGUACAUCCUGCACCUGGAAAACUGGCUGCAGUACUUCCGCCUGUCGCAGAUGCACUUUGUGAGCGGCGAGCGGCUGAUAACAGACCCAGCAGGGGAAAUGGGUCGCGUUCAGGACUUUUUAGGCCUCAAACGGAUCAUCACGGACAAGCACUUUUACUUCAACCGAACCAAAGGUUUCCCGUGUCUGAAGAAGCCGGAGAGCAGCAGUCAGCCACGGUGCCUCGGCAAAUCUAAGGGAAGGACUCACGUACAGAUCGAACAGGACACCAUAGAGCAGCUGCAGGAGUUUUAUAGGCCGUUCAACAUCAAAUUCUACGAAACAGUGGGACAAGAUUUUAAGUGGGAUUGAAUGUAAAGCUGCGCCGUUAUCAAAAAGCCUACCUCCACAGAUAUAAUACAAAUAGAUAGCGUUAUACUUAAAUUAUUGUCUAAAAUCUAUUUAAAUUUCAGAUUAUAAUUAAAUAUAUAGAAGUCACAAUAUAAAGUUUGAUUCUGCAAAUGUUUCAUGAUGUUUUUUUUGUGGCCUCUUAUUGUAAAGUGUAUGAAAAAAAUAUAUAUAUGUGUAUAAGUAAAAUGCCCCCCCUUUAUUUUCACGCUACCAAACGACCAUUUUGGCUCACAUACAAUGAAGACACAGAAUGAAUGUUAUGCAUCCUGAUUGCCUAUUUCUGAUUUUUUUUUUUUUUUUUACUGAAACUACUUGGCAUUUUUAGUGAAAAUAACAUUCUUCCAAAUGUCAAACUAAUCACUGAUUACGCUGCAGUUAAAUUUAUCUCCUUUGGAUAAGUCACAUGUACUAAAAAUGGAGAAGAUUGCUUAUUUAAGAAAAGUGGUUUAAAGUUGAUAAAAAAAAGUUCUUUUUUUAUUGCACUUUAUUUUGACAUUUCUGUUAUAACCACCAAAAUAAAAGGCUAAUGUUUAAAAUCAAAGUAUUUAUGGCAGACAUGUUUUUUUUUGUAUUAAAAAUAGUAAAAUAAAUUAAUUAAAUAGCAGGAUAUCCAAAUAUUCUUGCCUGAUUUGUUUGGCUAAUCUGAUCACAUUCUUCGGUUUAAACCUGAGGUUGUUCUCCUGUGUAACAGAAGUGUCAGAUGUAGCAUCGAUUUUCACCUAAACUAACACUGAAUUUGUGUUGCAGAUGGUGCUGCUGUUUAAAAGAAUGUUACGUUUUUUUGGUUUUGUUUUUUAAACACAAUUUUUACUUUCUCGUAAUCUAAGAUUAUUAUUCUUUUUCCUAAUCCAAAAAUGGUUUGAGGAAAACCAACAAUCUAAAAAUGUAAAAAAAAAAAAAAAAAAAUCUGUCAUUUCAGAGUCAGAUUUUGUAUUUAUUUGGGAGGUUUUAACUACACAAAUGAUUGAAAACAUUUUGCAGCUUCACAUUGGCACAAUUUCACCAAAUCCGAAUUCUCCCCCUAUUAGAAGUGAUAGAGGCUAACCUCGCCACGGAGGAAUGCACGUAAGUGCGCUCUAAAGCCCAGACGUUUACAUUUAAACGUAAGUAAUGACUUUUUGUUUUAGCUUUACCUUUUAAAAGUUAUAAUACCAGUGUUGUUAUUUAUUUCUGAGCGCUAGCAGCUCUGCGCUAACAUAGCUGACCGGGGACUAUUGAUGAUGUCAUCGAGUGGGAGUGACAUCCAAAUUUGAAGACACUUUUUCCCAUAACUCUUUGCUUGGAAGGUUAAAAGUAGGGAGGAACAGAGAAGUCGUAGGGGAAGAAUUCGGAAUCGGACUCCACGUCAACUGUUAACAAUAGUUGAAGACACAAAACCAAAGAAAUAGACAAAUUCAGGGGGAUUCCAAAUUUGUCCAGCAAAUAUACUGAUGAUCGAUGAGAUUACAGUACAUGCUCAAGCAAUCUAAAAAGUAGUCUUUACUAUUAUUUUCUGGCAAAAAUUGAACUAUCGUUGAUGAUUCCCAAACAUUUUAGAGAAAACAUUUCAAAGGCAUCAGGAGUUGUGCAAGAAAAAAAAUGGCAUAUGUUUAAGUUUUCAUGAAUUUUGGAAGUUUGCUUUUCAAUUUUCAGCUUAUGUUUGCAAUUUUGUGUCAACACCUGAACCCUUGUGUCGCCUUAUGAGGAUUUCCUGAUUGAGAAGUUUGUAUAUCAGUGUUCCGUUAGCAGGUGCAGCACCAGAACAAUAAAAAGUAUUCAAUAUGUCACAAAACUGUCAGGGUCGAAGACAAAACAGAUAUUUAAAACUAUUUUUUUUAAACAGAAAAAAAAAAAAAUUAAACACUCAUGCAUUUAGAAGCAAUCUCUCUAUGGUUUGUAUUUAAUUGGUCUAAAGCUUUCCCAGCUGUAAAAGCCCAAAACCAUAAAACAAGCAGAGAUGCCGUUUGAGAGUGAACCUACAGCUGCAUAUAGUCACGAAUCUCAUAUAGUGAGAGUUUUAUGGAAAAUAUGGUUGAAAAAUCACUUUCCUGAUGAGUUGAAAAAAGGAAUAUUCCCUUCUAGGUGCUGCACUGCAUCUCAUUGAUCUCUUUAACUUCUUUAAUCCCUUUUUCUGAUGGAUUUGAUGGUGCCGCCGCACUGAACUGCUCCCCAUACCAAGCAGCUAUAUUAACCUUCGGAAUUUUCUCUAUGAAGCCAAUCAGAGCUGUCACUAAUGAUUUGCACUGAGGAGAGAAGGGUAAAACUUAAAAAUAAAGAAUUAAAGGAAUUAGUCUUUGCAGAAAGUCGCAAAAAUCCAGCAAAAGGAAUUUACGUUAGUUUGUUUUCUGGAGUUAAAUACAGGAAAAUAUGUCUUAUUUCCAUUAGUAUGAGUUUGUAAAAAUUGGAUCACAAAAAGUUAAAUUGAUCCUAUUUUUCACAUAUAUUAUUUUCCACAUAAAAUGUGCAGCUGUGCAAUGUUUACUGUAAAGUAUGUCAAAUUAAUGAAUUGUUUGCUUCAUGUGACAGUUAAAAUCAGAAAACGCAACAAAACAAUUUGCUUCUUGUUAUCUUAAAUUCAUUUUUGACACCAGCAGGAAAUAAUUAAGUCAUUUCCUAGAGAUGACAGCCUCAAGUACUUUGUUGUUAGCUUGCUUUCAGGUGAUAAUCACUGGGUUUCCAAAGUGCACUAAAGAAAAAGGCUCCUUGGUUAUUGGAUACUUGGUAAAAUGCUGCAAGGCAGCUUGAUGCCAAAGAAAUACUUUAUUGAAAAACAAAAAAUAAA